AUGAAAAAGCGAGCCGAUCUUCAAGCGAAACUGCAAUCUCUUCUUCGCCCUGUCAACGAAAACAGCAGAUCGUCAAGAGUUGUUAACCUCUCUAAAAGGAGUCUAACAUCCGCUGAACUUAGUCUACUAUCUAGAGGAACAAAAUUCAGCCGUUCCGACGCUGUGCCCACAAGCUUCUUAGCGAGCAUUGAAUCUAUUUUACUGACCUCUGCUGUGCCUGAAGAAAUGCGCGCAGACAUACGCAGCUGUGCCACUGGUCUCCUUCGACAAAAGAAGCACCACCAAGUCUUGCCAGUCGAUGAAGAAAAAGAGCUACAGUCGCUUAGGACGGACGACAGCAUUAUGAUUGUGUCUGCUGACAAAGGUGGCGCGACCGUCGUCAUGGAAAACAGCGAUUACGUCAACAAGGCGAACCAAGUCUUUAACGACAGUGAAGCCUACACACCACACGCGGAGGACCCGACUAAAAAGCAAGCCGCAGCUGUAAAAAAGAAGGUGAAUGAGCUCACUCGCCUGAAACUCAUAACCCCCGAUGACUCCAGAUGUAUGACUCUUAACGACUCCCGAAUAGCCCAUGCAUAUGGCCUCCCAAAGGUGCACAAAGAAGGUGCGCCAUUGAGGACCAUAGUGCUGCUUAUUGGAUCGCCCACCUACAACCUCGCUACAACCUUGCCAGUUAUACAGGCACCUGAAGCACCUCACCAAUGGAUUACAAUAUAG